AUGUAAUAGUAAUUAGAGUAAAAUAUAAGAAAAUAAGGUGAUUAUCAAUUCGAUUCUAAAUAUCUUUUAGGAGAAGGUGCAUUUGGGAAGGUUUAUAGAGGGAAUAAAAUAAGUACAAACAUUGAAGUGACAAUAAAGAAAAUUGAUAGUUCAAUGAUAAAUAAAGAUCAAUAUUAGAUUGAUGCACUUAGUAAUAAAAGUAAUAAAAUAUGAAUAGAUAGUGAAAUACAAAUAAUGAAAUAAUUGGAUCAUCCAAAUAUUGUUAAGUUUAUAGAUAAAUUUGCAACAGAUCGUUCAAUCUAAAUUGUUACAGAAUUUUAUGCUGAUGGUGAUUUAAGGAAUAUAAUGAAAGGAAGAAAGAUUCCUGAAAUAGAAGUUAAUUAAAUAUUUUGUUAAUUAGCAUGUGGAUUUAAACAAUAGGUAAAAGCAAAUAUUAUACAUCGUGAUCUUAAGCCAGCAAAUAUUAUGAAUCAUAGAGGUACAGUUAAGAUUGCUGAUUUUAGUUUCUCUAAAAUUGUUGAUAAUUUUAGUGGGGAUUUAUUAAGAACUUGUGUAGGAUCACCAUUAUAUAUGGCAUCUUAAAUAUUAGAAAAAGAAAAAUAUACUACAAAAUCAGAUAUAUGGUAUGAAAUGAUUUAUGGUCAUUCUCCAUGGACAAGUACAGAUGAAAAGAAUCUAACAGAAAAUAUUAUGAAAUAACUUAUUAGAUUUCAUAAUCAUAUUCAAUUAUCUGAUUUUGAAGAAACUUUAUUAUUAAAGCUUUAGAAAAAGAAGAAUCUGAAAGAAUGGAAUGGAAUGAACUUUUUCUUAUUUGAAUAAUAAAAAAGAUAAUUACCUUAAACUAAUAUCAAAUUUGCUAAAAAUAGAAUUAUCAAUACUAUUAUUGAUAAUCCUAUUCCUCUUUAAAUUAAUGAAGUUUAAAAUUAAUAAUUUAUUAAUCAAAUAAAUUAAUUAAACUUAUAAAGAAUUGAAAUCACAUAAAAUAUUACAAUAAUUACUUAGUAUUAUAAAAAGAAUUACAAUUUGAAUUCUUAUGUUUACUCUCAGCUAAAUUUACUGCUAAUUCCUUUAAAUUAUUAUAAUCAAAAGUAUUUUAAUUAUUAGAAUCUAAUAAAAAAUUUAAUGAAUAUUCCAAAUAUAUCAGUCAACUUUAAAAUGAAUACUAAUUAGCUGCUGAACUUUUUACCAUUACCUAAUAAUAUUUAGAUAGAAUUGGUUUGUUAUCUAAUAUAAAAUAAUUAUCUGAUUAUUAAGUCUUAAUUGAUAUUGCGGAAUUAAAUCAAAAUUAACUUCUUUCAAUUGAGAAAUAAUUAAAGAAAGAGUUUAAAGUGUUUCAAAGCAUAAAUAAUAGAUCUCUAAAGAACCUGA